GUGGCUUUUCUUCUCGCCUGAAGAAUCCUUAACCUAGUGCUAUCCUUCCCACGCAGACCUCUGUUCGCGUAUGAGGCGGGUUUUCAUUGGGAGAGUGAGGAAAAGCGUUCUUCCUCAAAAACGGCACACGAGGAAGUAGAAAAGGCAGACUUUAUCAUCUUUACAUCACUGACUGAGAACCUUACUGGCUGAGACUAGGCUCCAAACUUGCUCAAGCGCGGCGGAUGACACUUUUGAAAACGGGUUUCCCACGAAACCUGCCUGCUGGACCAGGUGCUGGAGCUGAUUAUGAAUGAAAAACCCCCGACUAGUGCCAGCCUAUUUCUGAACGACAACUUGGAAAAGCCUGAGCGCUCAGAGCGAGGCCUACGCCACCUCCGUAAGGCUGUGCAGAAACGCGCGUCCAGCGCCCGCAGCAGAAUGUGUUCCAUCACCCGAGCGAGCACCAGGGCCUUCCUGCGUCGCAACGCCUUCGUGCUCUUCACCGUGGCUGCAGUUGCACUAGGGGUCAUGUUGGGAUUCUCCCUGCGUCCAUACAAGCUGUCCAUCAGGGAGAUCAAGUACUUCUCCUUCCCUGGAGAGCUGCUGAUGAGGAUGCUCCAGAUGCUGGUCCUGCCCCUAAUCAUCUCCAGCCUGGUCACAGGCAUAUCCUCUCUUGACAGCAAAGCGUCAGGGAAGAUGGGAAUGCGGGCUGUUGUGUAUUACAUGGUUACGACCUUCAUUGCUGUGUUUAUUGGAAUUGUUAUGGUGAUCAUCAUAAGACCCGGAAAAGGCAGCAGAGAUAGUCCAGUGUCAUCUAGUGGCAACAUUGAGCCAGUGCAGGCAGCAGAUGCCUUUUUGGACCUCAUCAGGAAUAUGUUCCCUCCAAACUUGGUGGAAGCUUGCUUCAAACAGUACAAGACACAUUACAAGAAACUGAUCUCCACAAAGAAUGUCACCAUUCCAAUCAACAUGACCGAUUCCAACGUCACUGCCACUGACCUCCAGGCUAACAUCAGCAUAGUCCUUCAGACCAUCCAGGAGACGGUGGAGGAGUCGGUGCCCAUGGGAGGCACCUCCAACGGGGUCAACGCUCUGGGCAUGGUGGUGUUCUCCAUGUGCUUUGGCCUGGUGAUCGGGAACAUGAAACAGCAGGGCCAGGUCCUGCGCGAAUUCUUUGACUGCCUCAAUGAUGCUAUUAUGCGCCUAGUGGCCAUCAUCAUCUGGUAUGCCCCUGUGGGAAUCCUCUUUCUCAUUGCGGGGAAAAUUGUUGAGAUGAAGGACCUGGUCCAGAUGGGGGGGCAGCUGGGAAUGUACACCAUGUCGGUGAUCGUGGGGCUGCUCAUCCACGGCCUCUUCGUCCUGCCACUGCUCUACUUCCUGGUGACGCGGAGGAACCCGUUUACCUUCAUCGCAGGGCUGCUGCAGGCUCUGAUCACCGCCCUGGGGACCUCCUCCAGUUCGGCAACCCUCCCAAUCACCUUCCGUUGCCUGGAAGAGAACAAUCAUGUGGAUAAGCGAGUGACACGCUUUGUGCUGCCUGUUGGUGCCACUAUCAACAUGGACGGCACUGCACUGUAUGAAGCAGUGGCAGCCAUCUUUAUUGCACAAGUUAAUGACAUGGAUCUCAACUUUGGUCAGAUUCUCACCAUCAGUAUCACAGCAACGGCUGCCAGCAUUGGAGCAGCAGGCAUCCCUCAAGCUGGCCUGGUAACCAUGGUGAUUGUAUUGACAUCGGUGGGACUGCCCACGGAGGAUAUAACGUUGAUUAUCGCCGUGGAUUGGUUCCUGGACCGUCUCAGAACCACCACCAACGUUCUAGGAGACUCCAUAGGGGCCGGAAUCAUCGAGCACCUUUCACGGCAGGAGCUUCAGUCUCAGGACAUAGAAAUCGGAAACUCGGUGAUCGAGGAGAACGAGAAACCUUACCAGCUCAUCUCCCAGGAGAACGAUACAGCGAAGCACCACAACAGUGAGACCACCAUGUAAAAGAAAAGGGAGGGAAGAGAGACAUCCUCACACUUAUGACUCCUGCCCCUGUAUUAGCUCUGAUUAGAGAUAAGAGAGUUGUUGUCAUGGGGAACAUAACGACAUGACUAUAGAAUGGGAAAGUAGGUAAAGAGGAGCAGACCAUAGAAACAAGGAACAGACAGAAUCAUGCAUAUUCCUAUAUCAGUGUUAUUGAUAGACCAAUUUAAUGUUUUUUUGUUUAUUUAUUCCCAACCCCAUAUUUAUUUGGAUUUGGAAACCAAACUGUCUUACAGUGGAUAACAGUGUGCUUGUAAAUCCUUUGUUCCUGAUAUAAAUCUACCUCUCAGUAUUUGCUCAUUAUUUAGGUACACCAACGGUCAAAAG